CGCUUCGCGCAGACGGCGUCGGCGACGUGGGGCCCGCGUCCGGCCCGUCCGCCGCAGCCUGUCACCGUCGCCCCGGAGUGACCGCGCCGGGGCAGAAAUGCUGCUGGCCGGCUGGUGCCUGCUUUGGCUUGGCUUAGUCCUGGCCUCGGUCUGCGCCUCCCUUGAGUCUGCGGCGCCUGGCAACUGGACCAUAGCUCCUCUGAAUGUCCUUCUAAUCAUCGUGGAUGACCUGCGCCCUUCCCUGGGCUGUUACGGGGACAAGCUCGUAAGGUCCCCAAACAUCGACCAGCUGGCAUCCCACAGCCUCCUCUUCCAGAAUGCCUUUGCCCAGCAAGCAGUGUGUGCCCCGAGCCGUGUGUCCUUCCUCACUGGGAGGAGACCAGACACCACCCGCCUGUAUGACUUCAAUUCCUACUGGAGGGUACAUGCUGGAAACUUCUCUACCAUCCCCCAGUACUUCAAGGAGAAUGGCUACGUGACCAUGUCGGUUGGAAAAGUCUUUCACCCUGGAAUAUCUUCCAAUUAUAGUGAUGAUUCUCCGUAUAGUUGGUCUAUUCCACCUUAUCAUCCCUCCUCUGAAAAGUAUGAAAACACCAAGACAUGUAGGGGGCCGGAUGGAGAACUCCAUGCCAACCUGCUUUGCCCUGUGGAUGUGGCGGAUGUGCCAGAGGGCACCUUGCCUGACAAACAGAGCACUGAGCAAGCCAUCCGCUUGUUGGAAAAGACGAAAACAUCGGCCCGCCCUUUCUUCCUGGCUGUUGGGUAUCAUAAGCCGCACAUCCCUUUCAGAUACCCCAAGGAGUUUCAGAAGCUGUAUCCCUUGGAGAACAUCACCCUGGCUCCUGACCCCCAGGUCCCUGCUGGCCUCCCUCCCGUGGCCUACAACCCCUGGAUGGACAUCAGGAAGCGGGAGGACGUCCAGGCCUUGAACCUCAGUGUGCCCUAUGGCCCAAUUCCUGUGGAUUUUCAGCGGAAAAUCCGCCAGAGCUACUUUGCCUCCGUUUCGUACUUGGACGCGCAGGUUGGCCGCCUUCUGAAUGCUUUGGAUGAUCUCCAGCUGGCUAACAGCACCAUCAUUGCAUUUGUCUCCGAUCAUGGGUGGGCUCUAGGUGAACAUGGAGAGUGGGCCAAAUACAGCAAUUUUGACGUCACUACUCGCGUGCCCUUGAUGUUCUAUGUUCCCGGGAGGACAGCUCCACUUCCAGAGGCAGGCGAGAAGCUUUUCCCUUACAUCGACCCUUUCGAUUCUGUCUUGGAAUUGAUGGAGCCAGGCCGGCAAGUCACAGACCUCGUGGAACUUCUCUCUCUCUCCCCCACACUCGCGGGACUUGCGGGACUGCAUGUGCCACCUCGCUGUCCCAUUCCCUCAUUUCAUGUCGAGCGGUGCCGAGAAGGCCAGAGCCUUGUGAAGCAUUUCCGAUUCCAAGACCUGGAAGAGGACCCGUACUUUCGUGGUAAUCCCCGUGAGUCUAUUGCCUAUAGCCAGUACCCCCGGCCUGCAGAUUCUCCCCAGUGGAAUUCUGACAAGCCGAGCUUAAAAGAUAUAAAAGUCAUGGGCUAUUCCAUACGCACGAUAGACUAUCGGUACACUGUGUGGGUUGGCUUCAAUCCCCAUGAAUUUCUGGCUAACUUUUCUGACGUCCACGCAGGGGAACUGUAUUUUGUUGAUUCUGACCCUUUGCAGGACCACAACAUGUAUAAUGACUCCCAGGGCAGAGACCUCCUCCGAUCACUGAUGCCUUGACUCCUGCCAACUAGCGAGGAGGGUGGGUAUCACGUGCUCCCUUCCACCUGGGGAGAGGGGGAGUUAGGGCUGGUCAUUUGGUGAUCACCCAUAAUGGAAGCAACCUGAGGGGUAGGCAAUCAAAGCAUGCGUCAACAGUUUGACCUAAGACUAUGUAAUAGCCUAACCUUUUGAUUCUUUAUUAAUUAGGGUCUUUAUUAAUUUCUACUUGGUAAUCGGACUGGGGCUAGGCUGAACUAUUUUUUCCUUUUUUGGACAAUCACAGCUUAUUUAUUGAGUGGAUAAGCGUAAAGGGAGCAACUGGAAAAUUGUCAUACUUUUAGCCAUCAAGACCAUAAUAACCAAACAUAACACUGUACUCAAGAAAUACUGUAAUUAUCUCUGGAAUUUAGUGCAUUUCAAAAAGUAGCCAUUGGUCACAUUAGGUUUCACAUGAAGUCCCUGGUUCUUUUGUUUAUAAUUUAAUUAUUUAGCCCAAUAUAUUCAAAAUAUUAUGUCAAUAUUUCAGGUUUCAGGUUUGUAAAAUGUGCAGUUAAAUAAUGCUAGAUGCUAAGGUCUUAAAGUCUUACCUUCAACUUUUGUUAAUAAGAUUGCAAAUUUUCAAAAUCCAGAGAUAUAAUGUGCAUGAAGUGAUUAUGUGGAAUUUCUACAUCAAAUAAUAAAUAAUGCUCAGUAAACUAGGGGCAUGAGAUAUUUGGGAAGUUCAGUUAGAAAUGUUCAGGAACUUCUGGCCCAAAUAAUAAUUUGUUAGCAAGUAAUAUGACCCUUGAUCUCAAAGAUCACCUAUUGAAAGGCACUGUUAUUCACAGUGGAAGACAUUUAAAGGCAUAACUGUAUCCAUGAAUUGAGUCACUCAAAACUGUUAGUGUUCUCCUUCUUCAGGAAUGGUUGGUUGCAGGUAUCCAUUUAUCCAGGAGGCAGGAAAUAUUCUACUUUUAAUUGCUAAUUAAAGACAACACUAAUUUUAUUAAAUUCUGAAUUAUUUUGAGCAUUGGGAAAACUUCAUUUAGUAUAAUAUUAGGUAAUUUCUAAUCCCCCAGAACAUAGUUCUGUAUUCCCUAAAUAUGAAAGUAACCAGAAAGGCAGGUGGUAGUUAUAAUAAGCUUAGCCUACAUCAUCUUAAAAAGGACGGGGUAGUCACAACUCAUAUUUAUAACACGGGGAAGCUGGUCAGUUACCAGUAGUCAUCAGAGGAGUCAACCACAUUCUAAAUAAACAUCUUACGUAGUCCUG